AUGACUACUUUAUCACGUCUUAUAGCAAGUAAAAGUGAAGAAAUUCAAAUAAUAGAUGUUUGGAAGGGAAAUCUUCGUGAGGUAUUUUCAAUUAUUCAUAAUCUAGUUGAAAUGUAUCCUUUUGUUUCUGUUGAUUCUGAAUUUCCUGGAGUCGUUGCAACACCAAUGGGAUAUUUUAAAAACAGGAAAGAUUUUAAUUUCAAAAGAAUUAUUUGUAAUGUGGAAUUAUUAAAAGUUAUCCAGAUUGGAUUUACAUUUUUUAAUGCUGAUGGGAAUUUACCUCCUGGAAAUCCUGUUUUUCAAUUUAAUUUUGAAUUUAAUAUGUAUGCUGAUUAUUAUUCUCCAAAAUCUAUUGAACUUUUACAAAAAAGUGGUAUUGAUUUUAAUAAACAUCAAAAAGAUGGAAUAUCUAUGGAAGCAUUUGGUGAACUUUUAACCACAAGUGGGCUACUAGCUAAUCCAAAAGUUAUUUGGCUUGCCUUUUCAUCUGGAUUUGACUUCUGUUAUAUUAUUAAAUCUAUAUUAUGUCGACAUCCACCAUUAGAUGAAAUGAAAUUUACUCAUCUGAUAAAUACACUUUUCCCAUCAAGUGUGGAUUUAAAGAUUCUUUUAAAAGAACCAGAACCAUCUUCUGUGAAGUUACAAGGUGGUCUUCAAGAUGUUGCUUUAAUGUUACAAGUUGAAAGGGUUGGUCUUCAACAUACAGCUGGUAGUGAUGCUUUACUAACUGGAAAGACAUUUUUUUCGAUAAAAAAAAAAUUUUUCCCUGGAAAGUGGAUGAAUGUUAUUGAUAAAAUUCGUGGACAACUUGAUGGUUUAACUGUUGAAGAUAAAAAAAGUGAACCGUAUUCAAAAUAUCCUAAGCUUGAUUGUAUUACUACGUUAGAACUUUGUGGAGUAAAUUGUUAUUUGUAA